GAGUUGAACUGCACCUGACAAAACCACAAAACAUCAAGCAGGCAUGUCCGCACAAGGGCUCGUGCCCUCCGUUGUGCCCGACCUGGACUCUUGCACGUGCAGAGACUGGAUGAUACACGGACAACAAAAAGACACAUUAGAAAAGAUGCCAGACCGGACUCCAGCAGGAGGUGUCGAGGAUGAAUCCGAUGAAUCGGAGGAACCCGAGCUUCCACCAGCAGUCAUACGGAGGAAGGUAUCAUUCGCCGAUGCCUUCGGCCUGGACUUGGUCUCUGUGAAGGAGUAUGACAACAGAGAUUCAUCAGGGCCGAGUAAUUUGGCGAGAUUGCUGGGAGCGGAGGGCAAAGUUGUUGAAGAGUAUUACCUGUCCUGUCCCUUCACCUGCCCAGCUUCUGACCAGGAGCUGCGAAUGAGACUUCAGGACCAGAAGCUGGAGCUGGAGAGCAUCGAACUGCUCCCCGGAUCCACCACCAUCCGGGGCAUCGUCCGUGUUCUUAACCUUUGUUUCCAUAAGGCCGUCUAUGUCCACACCACACUGGACGGUUGGCAGAGCCAUUUCGACCUGCUUGCGGAGUACGUGCCCGGUUCCAGCGACGGAGAGACGGAUCGUUUUUCUUUCCGGCUCAUGUUGACACCUCCUUUCGAGGCCGAAGGGACGCGGGUAGAGUUCUGCCUGAGGUACGAAAGCCAGGCUGGGACCUUUUGGGCCAACAACAGAGGGACGAACUACAUUGUGUUCUGCCAUCAAAGAUGGAGGACUGAAAUGAAAGAAAACGAGAAAGAGAAAGAGAGAGAAAGGGAGAAGUUAAUAGAGGAGAAUAACAACAAAGGCAUCAGGAGCUGUCUAAAAACAAACAGUAAAGUCAUCUGUACAGAGACGACACCCACAGAGAUGAGUAGGGAGAUCUCAGAACAAGUUGCUCCGUGGACCACACGUACCAAGGAAAGCAUAGCUGAGAAAAUAGCAGAAAUUGCUUCCCCCAAAUCCCUUAAGGACUAUUGCACACCUCUGGUGGAUCGUCGCAGGAAACGCAGAACUGCGCGUUUGGUCCACAUGCAGGACUGUUUCUCUCAAAAACAGACGGAACCUAAGCUAGUCGAUUUUUCUCACACAAUUGAAGGUACUAGAGAUUGGUCCACCCCAAAGCUGAAUAUACCUAACAUAGAAGAUGUGCCGAUUGUCCAAAGCAGACACAAUAUGGACACGCCGCCAAUACUAACGUUCCACCAGAUCCCUUUACUUUCUUUGGACUGGGGUGAUAAAACGACAUCACCUGCCUAUGCAAAACCUCAUGAUGUCUGCGAUGAAACAAACCGGGAGAACCGUCCGGAUGAAGAUCACACCACAUCGGCUUGUCAGGCCUGGGAGGCUUUUCUGAGCAGUGAUGAUACGAAACGCGCUGACAGAGAUACGCAGGACCAAGAGAGCAUUCUUUGCUUGGUUAGAGAAACACAUCAAUCCUUGAACACUUGUAAAAGAUCUGUUGACUCAAGUGCCUGGGAAAUACUACAAUCUUCCCCUACUGAGACAUCAAAAGACUGGGGCUUUGGUCCUUUUAAAGAUUACCAACAUCGAGAAGAGUCGAAGUUUAUAACAAGUGCUUCUUGUGAAUCAGAGCCAGAGAAGGAGGAGGGAGUGUUCGAGGAGUUUGGUGACCACCAAACCCAUAAAUUCAUAAGCUGCGACAUCACCCUGCCGCAGGAGGAAGCUCAAAGCGCACAUGACCUAAAGACUCCCAAAGGCGUAGAUGGAAUCUCACCUGAGGUAUUCAUGGGCCAUCCUGACACCUCAAACACGCCAGCAAAGGUUAAAGAAAACACAUGCAGGGCGGUCAACGAAACCCUGACAUUUACAAGGAUCAGAGACGAGCCGUUCACAGAUAGACAGACAGAGGGAUCUUCUGAAAAGCUAGAUCUAAAUAAAGCCAGCAAGCUUGAUAGCGGUGAACAGGUGGAAAGUGAGUUUUAUAGAGGGCUACGAGGAGAAGAAAUGGAAAGCGUUCAAAAAGAAACACAGAAUUGCUUGUGGUGUGAAAGUCUGGGGUUUAAAGAGAGCAAUUUAUGUACGCUGAACAUAAAUGUUAACAAUUCAGAGCAACAAAAAGAUGAAGAGAAGCAUUUUGAGCCCAUACGUGAACCCCAGCGCAUGGACGUUGAAGAUGAACUCCCCACAUUACCUAAAAUUCACCUGUCCUGGGUGGGCAGUGCAUCCAGCAUGGGCAGCAGCAGCAGGUUAUUGUCAUGGUGGAGGGACUUCUGGUCUCUGGGUAAUGUGACCAGAGCUCUCGUCUGUUCAGUCAUUCUGUUUGUGAUCUUUGUAACUGCUUAUCUAUGCGAUCUACCAACAUGCUUGGCCCUCUACCUGUUCUCGCUGUGCUGGUGGUGCAGUCAGGGCGUGAAACAACGUCUGGAUUCGGCAAUUGAUGUGGACUGACGCAGAUGGGAAGAAGCGCUUCUUCUAAGGGCCCAACAUCACUUUUAAAAUUCAAUUCAGAAGGCAUUUUUUCUUUUCAUGUGUGCACAAAUAAAAUUCAUUAGCUUAAAAUGACAUUUGAAGUAGUCUUUCACUAUAACAUUGAUAUUAAACUAUAAGGGUGCAUUCACACUGCAUGUAUGAAGGGAAUCAAUUCAGAUUUUUUUCUUUCAUGUGGCACAAAUCGGAUAUGACCCAGGAACGUGUAAACGGUUAUGGCUAAAAGGGAUCUUGUGAAAUCUCACCAGAUAAGUGCUGUUUUCAUCCUAUUCCUACCCUCAAACCUAUUCCUAAAUCCAACAUCUUGCGAGAUUUGACCCUAGCUGUAUCCCCUCUAUCCAGAACCUGUGUUAGCAGGAAAAAGCACAUAUUCUCUGAUCGGUUUCAGGCCUCAUUCAUAUGUGGAAAUAAAUUAGAUAUAAAUUGGAUACAUGUAUACAUGUAAGUGGACAGAAUGGAUAUUCCCAUCAAGACGACGUUUGCAAAUGACAUCAACUGAGGUGGACACCACCCGCAAUCACAUGACUAGCGAUAGAGAGCGAUGGCUUCACUUAGCGGAGUAAUGCCACAUUAUCUCAUGGCAAUUCAUGCGUAUUGUACGAGGUUACUAAUUUGUAUGAAUUCGUACACAUUUGUACAUUUUUGUACGAUUUGCUUUCGCCCCUUUGACUUUGGCUUUAUACGAUUCACUUGUAAAACACGUACAAAUUCUCGUAAGAUCAGGGUGUAAUGCUGAAGUUUCAUGUCUUGUUUUGAUCAAAAUCUUGUACUUAAACAUUGUAUAAUCAUUUCAUCUUUGUCCAUUGCAUUCGAAACAUUUUACUUCCUUAGUGGUUUAAGUUGUUUCAGGUCGAUAUGUCUACAUUGAGUUGUUUUGCCAGGUGUUCAUUGUAAAUGCAGAUUUGGAUACUUUAAAAAGAUGACCUAGCGAGUUGAAAAAAAAUAUUGAUACAGUCAACAAAUUGGAGUUGGCCAUCCAGAUCUGAAGUGUAAAUCCAGCCUAACUGUUUUGACCUGUUUGAAGUCUCAGAUAGUGGAAAAAUUUGAAACCACUUUUAAAACACAACUUUUGUAGCUAUACAGUGCAAAUGUCCACCCGCUUUGUUGUUUUUGCAAAGUUUUACUGACCAUUGAUAUUUAUUUUUUGCUCAAUUAUUGAAAAUACAGGAAAUAUGUACACACAAAAAACAAUAUUUAGUGUGAUGUCUUCGCACUAAACACAUCUUGAACUCUUUUAAGGAAACUGAAGUACAAAAGUCUUUAGAUUACAAUUAUUAGGGUUUCACACUUUAGAUUAUAAUUUUAUUGCAAAUUCCGUUAUUUUUUUAAUGAUGGCAUAGUGGCCUAUUAUUAAUAAUAUAACUUGUGUGAAAUGUUUGUGUGUAAUGUAACAAGAUGUGCAGAAUCUGGUACUAUAUGUAGCCUGCAAGGACACACAGAUCAUUUCAUGAAUCUUGGGGUCGUCUGUAAUGGACAUGACAUUUCCUACAAAUCCUGUCAUGUGCCUGUCCCUAAAGAGAGAGAGAGAGAGAGAGAGAGAGAGAGAGAGAGAUAAAAGACAGUUUUAUAAAUGCAACUCUAUUACUGUAUGUCACUCAUACAUUGUACUUGCCCAGAACAUUUAUAGAAGUACAUAUAUUUAUGUGAAUAUCAGUGUGUGUUAUGCACUUUAUAUUUUUAGUUUUAGACAAAUGCACAGUGUAAUGGGUCUGUGUGUACGUGCAUGCUUGUGUGUGUAAUAGAGCUGUUCUGUCUAUGUCACUGCAGUCAUAUGAUCCACUCUCUUGUGACUGUGACCUUUCAGAGUUCACUCUUCACCUUACUUGACGCUGUGGCAGAAACAGUCUUCAUAAACCCAGCAGUGAGCAUACUAGUGUCUGCUCUCAUCUUCAUCCUAACAAAUGCUGGGUUGAUUUUAACCCAUCGUUGUAAAGUAUAAACAAAGCAAGACCCAACCAUGUGUUAAACCAACCAAGCAUUUAUCAGAGUAUUCACAAACACCUUUACUCAAUUGAACUCUCUUUUAGAGCUCUUAAAGCCCCAAAAUAAACUGGAUGUAUUCACAACCAGUCUAUAUCACAACACUUAAGGGAGUCUCUUUCACAAUAUUUUUAAAUACAGGAAUCUGGCAAGACUACUAUAUCACUUUCAUUUAAGACUUUAUAGGGUGACCAGACCUUUUCCCAAUGCAGUCUUGUUUUUGUUUUUUUCUUGGUGUUAUGUUUUCCACAAACCCACAACAAUAAAAGAUGAAAACAUUUAAAAA